GAGCNAGCCGGCUGGAAGGCUGCCACCAGAGACGGGCGCGCGACGGAGGCCUUAGGCCACACGCUACAGGCUCCGGGGCUGAAAAAGCUCGCAGGAUUCGGCGCGCUCUAGGGGCUCAGCACCCGGCGCGUGCUCUCCGCUUUCCCGCCAGCCCCGCCCCCACUGCGCUCGCCCUGCCCCACGCGGCCACCUGCUACCCAGCGCGCGCCGGUGGAGGGCGCGGGAGCGCGCGCCCGGGAGCUAGCGAGGCCGGGAGGAUGGCGCGGGCCUCACUAGUGCAGCCGGCGCUCUGGGCGCUGCUGUUGCUGCAGGUAGUGGGCCCCGCCGCGGCCGCCAAGCUUAACAUUCCCAAGGUGCUGCUGCCCUUCACGCGGGCCACGCGCGUGAACUUCACUCUGGAAGCUUCUGAGGGCUGCUACCGCUGGUCAUCCACCCGGCCAGAGGUAGCCAGCAUAGAGCCAUUGGGCUCCAGUGAACAGCAGUGCUCCCAGAAGGCAGUGGUGCAGGCCCGCUUGACCCAGCCAGCCCGCCUGACCAGCAUCAUCUUUGCAGAAGACAUCACUACAGGGCAGGUGCUGCGNUGUGAUGCCAUCGUUGAUCUCAUCCAUGGCAUUCAGAUCGUCUCUACCACCCGUGAGCUCUAUCUUGAGGACUCUCCGCUAGAGCUGAAGAUCCAGGCUCUGGACUCAGAAGGGAAUACCUUCAGCACCUUGGCAGGACUGGUCUUUGANUGGACAAUUGUGAAGGAUACCGAGGCCAAUGGAUUCUCAGACUCCCACAAUGCACUCCGCUCCCUUGGCUGCUUUUCCUCAGGGCAGGUGGAUCCUGAUGUGGCAUCAUGUGCAGCAGGAGAACUCUCAAUGCCUUCUGAUCAAUAUGAGCUGCAGCUCCAGAACAGCAUCCCAGAUCCUCAGGGAGACCCUGCCCGUCCUGUGGCCAUCCUGACACAGGACACAUCAAGAGUCACUGCCAUGCAGAUGGGACAGAGCAACCUGGUCCUGGGCCACAGGAGUAUCCGUAUGCAAGGAGCUUCUAGGCUCCCCAACAGCACCAUCUAUGUGGUUGAAGCCGGAUACCUAGGUUUCACAGUCCACCCUGGUGACAGAUGGGUGCUUGAGACUGGACAUCUGUAUGCAAUUACCAUCGAAGUAUUUGAUAGAUCCAGCAACAAGGUCUACCCAUCUGANAACAUCCGAAUUGAAGCUGUGCUUCCUGCUGAGUUUUUUGAAGUUCUGUCGUCUUCCCAGAAUGGAUCUUAUCAUCACAUCAGGGCUAUCCAGAGUGGCCAGACGGCCAUCAGUGCAACCCUCACCUCUGUGGUGGACCAGGACGGAGGGGUCCAUGUGCUUCAGGUACCUGUGUGGAACCAGCAAGAAGUAGACAUUCAUAUCCCCAUCACACUCUAUCCCAGCAUCCUGACAUUUCCAUGGCAACCAAAGACAGGAGCCUAUCAGUAUACCAUAAAGGCCCAUGGAGGCAGUGGGAACUUCAGCUGGUCUUCGUCAAGCUCCAUGGUUGCCACAGUCACCGUCAAGGGGGUCAUGACCACAAGUGGUGACACUGGCCUCAGUGUGAUCCGGGCUCAUGAUGUUCAGAAUCCUCUCCAUUUUGGCGAGAUGAAGGUGUAUGUGAUUGAGCCCAGCAGCAUGGAGUUUGCCCCGUGCCAGGUGGAGGCUCGAGUGGGUCACACCCUGGAGCUGCCCCUGACAAUCAGUGGCUUCAUGCCCGGUGGGGGCAGUGAGGUGGUCACCCUGAGCGACUGCUCCCAUUUCGACCUGGUGGUGGAGGUGGAGAACCAGGGUGUGUUCCAGCCAUUGCCAGGGAGACUGCCGCCAGGACCUGAGCACUGCAGUGGGGUCAAAGUGAAAGCCGAUGCCCAGGGGUCUACCACCCUCCUCGUGAGCUACACACACGGCCAUGUACACUUGGAUGCAAAGAUCACUCUUGCUGCCUACCUGCCCCUCAAGGCUGUGGAUCCCUCUUCUGUUGCUGUGGUGACCCUGGGCUCCUCAAAGGAAAUGCUAUUUGAAGGAGGCCCCAGGCCAUGGGUCCUGGAACCUUCCAAAUUCUUUCGGAAUGUCACUUCUGAAGACACAGGCAGCAUCAGCCUGUCUCUCUUGGGUCCUCCAGCCUCCCGGAAUUACCAGCAGCACCGGGUCCUCAUGAUCUGCCAGGCCUUGGGUGAGCAGGUCAUUGCUUUGUCCGUGGGGAAUCGGCCCAGCCUCUCUAACCCCUUCCCUGCUGUGGAGCCCACUGUGGUGAAGUCAAUCUGUGCUCCACCAUCCAGGCUCACUCUCAUGCCUGUCUAUGCCCUCCCGCAGCUGGACCUAUCCUGUCCAUUGCUGCAGCAGAAUAAGCAGGUGGUUCCAGUAUCCAGUCACCGUAAUCCCCUGUUAGACCUGGGUGCCUACGACCAACAGGGCCGGCGAUUCGAUAACUUCAGCUCUCUGAGCAUCCAGUGGGAGUCCUCCCGGCCAUUGCUGGCCAGCAUUGAGCUUGACCAGCCCAUGCAGCUGGUAUCCCAGGAUGAUGGGAAUGGCCAAAAGAAACUACAUGGUUUGCAGACAGUCUCGGUUCACGAGGCAUCAGGAACCACAGCCAUCUCUGCCACAGCGACUGGCUACCAGCAGUCCCACCUGAGUGCAGCCAGAGUGAAGCAAGCGCAUGACCCUCUAGUGCCUGUGUCAGCCUCCAUCGAGCUUAUUCUCGUAGAGGAUGUGAGGGUCAGUCCGGAAGAAAUGACCGUCUAUAACCAUCCUGGUGUCCAGGUGGAACUCCACAUCACAGAAGGCUCUGGAUACUUCUUCCUCAACACAAGUACCCAGGACAUCAUCAAGGUGGCCUACCAGGACACCCGGGGCGUAGCUCUGGUGCACCCUCUGCUCCCAGGCUCAUCGACUGUCAUGGUCCAUGACUUGUGCCUGGCCUUCCCAGCCCCCGCAAAGGCCAUCAUUCACGUCUCUGACAUCCAGGAGCUCUAUGUUCGAGUGGUGGACAAGGUGGAGAUCGGGAAGGCCGUCAAAGCCUAUGUCCGUGUGUUGGACUUCUACAAGAAGCCUUUCCUGGCCAAGUACUUCACCUUUAUGGACCUGAAGCUUCGAGCAGCCUCCCAGAUAAUCACGCUGGUGACUCUGGAUGAAGCUCUAGACAACUACACAGCCACAUUCCUCGUGCAUGGUGUGGCCAUUGGCCAGACUAGCCUGUCUGCAAGCGUGACGGACAAAUCUGGGCAGAGAGUCAGCUCUACCCCACAACAAAUCGAGGUCUUCCCCCCAUUCAGAUUGAUACCCAGGAAGGUGACACUGAUCAUUGGAGCCAUGAUGCAGAUCACCUCUGAGGGGGGCCCCCAGCCUCAGUCCAACAUCCUCUUCUCCAUCAACAAUGAGAGUGUGGCAGCAGUGAGCAGCUCUGGGCUGGUGCGUGGGCUCAUGGUCGGCAAUGGCUCUGUGCUGGGAGUCGUGCAGGCAGUGGAUGCAGAGACUGGCAAGGUCAUCAUCGUCUCCCAGGAUCUUGUCGAAGUGGAGGUGCUACAGCUCCAGGCAGUGAGGAUCCGUGCUCCGAUCACACGAAUGAGAACCGGGACCCAGAUGCCUGUCUUUGUCACCGGAAUCACCAGCAACCAGAGCCCUUUCUCCUUUGGCAAUGCUGUGCCAGGCCUGACCUUCCACUGGUCUGUCACCAAAAGGGAUGUCCUGGACCUUCGAGGGCGGCACCAUGAGGUAUCUAUCCGGCUCCCACCUCAGUAUAAUUUUGCCAUGAAUGUGUAUGGCCGAGUGAAAGGUCGGACUGGACUUCGGGUUGUAGUCAAAGCUCUGGACCCCACAGCUGGGCAGCUGCAUGGUCUCGGCAAGGAGCUCUCAGAUGAGAUCCAAAUUCAGGUAUUUGAAAAACUGCGGCUGCUGAACCCUGAAAUAGAAGCAGAACAAAUACUAAUGUCACCCAACUCAUUUAUAAAGCUGCAGACAAACAGGGAUGGUGCAGCCAUUCUGAGCUACCGUGUCCUUGAUGGGCCUGAGAAGGCUCCCAUUGUUCACACUGAUGAGAAAGGGUUUCUGGUGUCGGGCUCUGGAAUUGGAGUGUCCACCCUGGAAGUGAUUGCACAGGAGCCUUUCGGCACCAACCAGACUAUCCUUGUCGCUGUAAAGGUCUCUCCUGUUUCAUACCUGAGGAUCUCCAUGAGCCCAGUCCUGCACACUCAGCACAAGGAGGUGCUGACAGCUCUGCCUCUGGGGAUGACUGUGACCUUCAUUGUCCACUUCCACGACAGCUCUGGAGACAUCUUCCAUGCUCAUAAUUCAGUCCUCAAUUUUGCCACUAACAGAGAUGACUUCGUGCAGAUCGGCAAGGGUGCCACCAACAACACCUGCAUCAUCCGCACAGUCAGUGUGGGCUUGACGCUGCUCCAUGUGUGGGAUGUGGAGCACCUCGGCCUCUCCGACUUCGUGCCACUACCUGUCCUACAGGCCAUCACCCCAGAGUUGUCUGGAGCCGUGGUGGUGGGUGACAUCCUCUGUCUGGCUAGUGUUCUCACUAGCCUGGGAGGUAAGAGGGAAAUAGUGGUCGGCACCCCUCAGAAGAUUGUGGCCCGUCGCCUCCACUCUGCCCAGACCAGUAUCCAGGAAGCCACAGCCUCCAAAGUGACUGUCAGCGUGGGAGACAGGAGCUCUAACCUACUUGGUGAGUGCUCCCCUGCCCAGCGAGAGGCCAUUGAAGCCUUGCACCCUGAGUCCCUCAUCAGCUGCCAACUCCAGUUCAAGCAAGAUGUCUUUGACUUCCCUGCUUGUGAUGUCUUCACCGUGGAACCAGGAUUUGAUGCUGCUCUGGGCCAGUACCUCUGCUCGGUUACUAUGCACAGGCUGACAGAUAAGCAACUGAAGCACUUGAACAUGAAGAAGACAUCACUGGCAGUCACCGCCUCCAUCCCCAGCAGCUAUACCUCUGUAGAGAAGGUGGGAGCUGAGGUCCCCUUCAGUCCAGGGCUCUAUGCCAACCAGGCAGAAAUCCUUUUGAGCAACCACUAUACCAGCGCCGAGGUCAAAGUCUUUGGUGCUGUGGAGAUUCUGGAAAACUUGGAGGUGAAAUCCGGAUCCCCGGCAGUGCUAGCCUUCGUGAAAGAGAAGUCAUUUGGGCUGCCCAGCUUCAUCACGUACACAGUUGGUAUCUUGGAUCCCACAGCUGGCAGCCAGGGCCCUCUGUCCACUGCCCUGACCUUCUCCAGCCCUGCCACUAACCAGGCCAUCACCAUUCCAGUCACUGUGGCCUUUGUGUUGGAUCGUCGUGGGCCUGGUCCCUAUGGAGCCAGCCUCCUGUCACACUUCCUGGACUCCUAUCAAGUCAUGUUCUUCACCUUUUUUGCUCUGCUGGCUGGGACAGCAGUCACCAUUAUAGCCUACCAUACAGUCUGUGCACCCCGGGAACUUNCUUCACCCCUGGCCCUCACGCCCCGUGCCAGCCCUCAGCACAGCCCCCACUAUCUUGCCUCAUCUCCGGCUGCUUUCAACACACUGCCUUCUGGUCGCAAAGCCAGCCCUCCCUCAGGGCUCUGGAGCCCAGCCUAUGCCUCUCACUAGGCAAUGUGCAGGGCUGGUAUUACUACACGGCUGAACUGACACCUGGAUAGAAGGGUCACUGUCAUUUUCACACCGGGGUGAGACCACGCCUGGGCCCGAGGCCAUCCUCACUGCCCUGGCCGUGCUGAAUCACUGCCUGAUUCACACAAGCAAGGGAUUUUAAUUUGUUUGCUUUUAAAUCUCUUUCCCAGUCUUGAGGGCCAGGGCUUCCUGGUUCCCUCCUUCUCAUGUGGUGUGCAGGGUUUGGGGGUGCUGCUUAAUCUUGUGUUUGUUCUGCUCGAGGAAGCUCGCUUCCCUGUUCAUGGCUUUUGAGUACUGGGAGCUGUUUCUACAUCAUCUACAGAUAAUGUCACUGUAGUGAUCUCAGGGAAAGGAUUUUCUCAUUACUCCUGGGGUUUUUGUGGUGUUUGGAAUAGAACCCAGGGUUUCAUACCUGCUUGGCAAUUGCUUGUCCAUUGGCACAUGCGCACACCAGCCCUUUUUUGUGGGUUUUUGUUGUUGGUUUUUUUGUUUUUUUUUUUUUUUUCAUGAAAACUCACUCUUCUCCUUAUCCUACUGCUGCUAGGAAAUGUGGGGGGCAAGCAGAUGUGGAUGUCCCCUAGGGGACACCAUGCCCAGAGCCCUGUGCUGACUGAGCCUUCUUACUGUGAUAGUUACUGAGCCUCAGCAGAGUGGUCCUCCCUUCAGAGCCCCGGGAGGUCUUGUUUCAGCAGAAGGGCUUCUGUCACCAGUNUUGGAAUACCUCUCGCUCUCCCUGAGGCGGCUUGGAAAUAGCCACAGCAUCAUCGGCCCUGCCCUGUANCUGGCAGGGAUCUUCUGAUCUCUGGGUUUGUUCUGAGAUGCUGCUGUGACUUGUGGAGCAGAGAGACCCAAUGUCAUCUGCUCAUCUGCCUUGGAAGACAGAAUGCAGUACCUCAGCGGAUCUGAGCCACCCGAUUGGCCCUCCUCUCCUCCUCCUCUGCCACCAGCACUCACCUCCCUAGCCCAGGAACAGAAGAGGAUGCCUUGGGAAUACGAUGCGUCUUCAUGUCCAAGCUCAGGGACAUGGCCUCUGCUUCAGGUCCAGGUGCUGUGGUGCUGUCAGAACGAGCCAGAGACUCACCUCCAAGUGGACGUGUAUGGGCACCACGUCACCAAGAGUUGUUUGCCUUUGAAGGUCAUGUGUGAUCCUUUGAGGCUGAGCCACAGGAUAGACUUUCUGGAGGUGGGGAUAGAGUCUUUGUGCCCAGCCGGCCGCUCAAUCUCCCCCCAGAGCUGUUAAUGGAGUCUUCCCUGCAUUUGUUUAAUAAAGUUCUGUGUAGUUUCUUAA